UCCAUCUCAGAGAGAGCAUGAUGGCGAAGAGUUAUGACUACAUCUAUGAGGGCUCCACCUCAGACGCCAACAAGCAGGAUGGCAAGCGAGGAGACGAGGAUUUCUUCCCUCCAGCUGGGUGCUUCAAGUACGCCUUCAAGGUGCCUAUUGGCACGUGGCUUGACCGGGACAAUGGCUGGCCAGUUGCUUAGUAAGCGCACCACGUACGCACGCACUCCCAUGGCCUCGCUUGCCAGCAUCUCUCCCCGCGCAUGUAUAUGUACGCAGCCACGGCACUGCGGAGGCGGCUGUGGAGGGCAUCAUCAAGAAGGGGCUGCUGAUCAACGGAGGGGCGGCCACGCCUCCCCACGGUGCGGCAUGCGGCCGAGGCAUCUACGCAUCGCAGACCCUGGACCGGGCUCUCGGCCACGCGGAGGCUUUCAAGCUCAGCUUCCACGGCAACGUCAAGGUCGUCUUCCUGGUCCGUGUGCGCCCUGGCAGCAUGUCCAAGCACUGCGGCGGGAAGGUCUGGGUGGUCGACGAUGAGGAGAAUGUGCGUGUGGUGGCCAUGCUUGUCGUGCCAGUGUGACGGCAGACGCCCUUCUUUCGCUUGCUUGCAUGUACACUAG